UUCCCCUCUACGCUCGCGUAGCACCGCGGUCGCUGCGAGUGGUAUUCGUAUUUUGUCAUCUUUGUCAUCGAUGCACCGGGAGCCGUUCUGUCAAACAAGCAAACCAGCAAACUGUUGUCGCGAGUAGUGAACAGGGCAUCUCACCGUCACGUCGAGAUGGGGGACGGCAAGGAGGGCGAGCGGCAGCCGCUGCUGAAAAACGAGAACGUCACGUACAGCACGCACGGCAGCGAUGCGAUCGACGAGACGCAGUCCACCGUGUCUCCGAUCGGGCCGGACGAGCUGCCACCACCUUAUCAGUCCGCCACCCAGGGCGGCAUGCCGAUGGUGACCUGCAGAGUCUGUCAGGCGAUGAUAGACAUUUCCGGCAAGAGGGAUCAGCACGUCGUCAAGUGCUGUCAGUGCAACGAGGCCACACCUAUACGUAACGCUCCACCCGGAAAGAAGUACGUGCGAUGCCCGUGUAAUUGCCUGCUCAUAUGCAAGAGUUCGUCGCAACGUAUCGCUUGUCCGAGGCCAAACUGCAAACGUAUCAUCAACCUGGCUCCGAGCCCAAUCACGCCACCGGUUCUGUCGAUGCCAGGCAUGUGCAGGGUAGGCUGUGCCCAUUGUCACGACACAUUUCUGUUUAACACAUUAAACAACGCCUUGGCACGAUGUCCACAUUGUCGUAAGAUAUCUUCCGUCGGUCCAGACUUUGCUAGAGGACGGGGGAUUGUAUUCAUUAUUAUUGGUAUUAUAGCCUUAAUAAUCGCUAUAGCUGUAACGGUUGGGACCUACAAAUACGUUAAAACGAAUGGUGGAAUUUAUGUAGCUUACGUCGGUGCAUUUUUAUUGGCGCUCAUGUGCUUGGGUCGCAGCAUUUAUUACUGUACAAUGAAAAUUAGUUUGAUAGAAGGCCCCAUGUAGUUUCCCAACCGGUCUCGAGCAACCGAUAAUUCGAAAGAUCAAUUCCCCUGAGAUAAAUGUCAUAUAAUCCAUUUAGAUCAGAUGUUUAUAGCGAUGUGACAUUCUCGAGUCUUUUUAAGGCGGAAGCGAGAUAGGGAUACGUUAUGUGCGUGGCCACACGCGCGUAUGCAAGUUUGCAUUGUCCACGAUGAUAAUAUGGAAUAUAAUAAUAACAUGCAAUUAUUAUAUUAUUAUAUUAUUGAUGAUGCAUGCCCAUACGAACGUGUCUCAUGAUCAGGCAGAAAGCUAACACUUGCGACGCUUUCCUCAGGUACGAGAUUGCGGAAGGUAGGAAGCACUCACUCGGAAGCCUUUAUUUUACGAAGAAAUUGCUCCUCUGCACUUUUAUAUAUAUAUAUAUGCGAGCAUAGGGCCAAUAAUCGUGGGCGAUCCGAUUUUUAUUUUCACCCUUACUGACUGGAAAUACCCUCUACAAUAUAUACGUAUAUAUAUAUAUACAUAUACGCUUUCUACACGACACAUUACGCGUAUCCGAGACGCACGUAGGUAGAAGCGAAGCGCAAACGUGCAAUAUAUUAUUCCAGCUGUACGUACGCAGUAAGUUUUACAACCCAUGUAAUAAGUUCGUCUAAAUGCAAAUUACGUUUUUAAAUGCAGAUCCGUUCUUACAUUGUCCUCUAUAUAUAUAUAUGCAAGCAGCUGUAUCGAAAAUAUUAAAAAAUCGCAAUUGUUUCAAAUAAAUUUCUGAAUUUAUAUGAAUAUUUCGACGAAAUGUGGAUGAAAUGAAAUCAGACGAGAGAGGGAGGGAAUAUAUAGGUAGAUAUAGGAGUGUAUAUACUAAUUGUAUCGAUUAUAUUAGGUAAUACGAAUUUCAAAUACGGUUAUUAUAGUACACAAAAGCAUCACUGUACGACAUUUUGGAAUAUUUAGCUGUCACCUAGGCUGCUGUAGAAUAUAUGCAAAUGUGACUCUUCAUCGGUUAUAAGAAUAUAAAUAUAUCUCUUUUAGUGGACAAUUGGCAUUUCGUGAAGAUCUGAACAGUUCUUUUUACUUUGAAUUCUCACUUAAGUAUUCUCUUGUGAUAGAAAAGUUCCAAUACAGCGAUAUGAUAAACGUGUUGGCUGAUCGGCACGAGUCUGCAGAUAUCAAAUCAUGUUAAGCAAAUGAUAGAACAAAUAUUGAGUAACAUUAUUUUAAUACAGGUGAUACAUAUAAGGAAUAAAUAAAGGAAGAUAAGAAAUAU